CACCCAAGAUGAAGGGACGCUCUUGAGCUGUGGCUUGGCUACGUGGUCGAAGAGCCAGCAUAACAUAAGACGUCAAAGUUUUUAACGUUCCUCUGAAUCUUCUCUCGCCCUCUCAGUAAGCUGCCUCUCUGCUCUGGCAAUGUCAAGUACCAGCACACAUUCGUUCUCUUUAACAAAGCCUGAAUUUUCAUGUUUACUGCCCCAAAGGAGAAAUGGGCGUUGUAGAAUACAAUCGCCGAUCCUGCCUAGCAAAAUCCAUCUCCAUGGUUUAUCAAUUUCUCGCGGAAUUUCAAAACUUUCAGGCUUUAAAUCAAAUGGAUUUUUGGUUCAUUAUUUUUCAAGUGAUUUUUCAGUUGACAAUCAAGGUGGAGUAGAGAAAAGCGCAUCCAGCGACACAGCCAAAAAGCCUGAAGUUCAAAGCAGUAUAUGGAAAUGGAAGGGUUAUUCAAUCCGCUAUCAGUAUUCUGGGAACAGUGGCCCUGCUUUAGUUUUAGUUCAUGGAUUUGGAGCAAACAGUGACCAUUGGAGGAAAAACAUUCCUGUUCUUGCAAAAAAACACAGAGUAUAUUCAAUUGAUCUUAUUGGUUAUGGAUACUCAGAUAAACCUAAUCCUCGUGAAUUUGGAGAUAACUCCUUCUACACAUUUCAGACAUGGGCCACCCAGUUAAAUGACUUUUGUGCUGAUGUAAUUAAAGACAAAGCAUUCUUUAUAUGCAAUUCAAUUGGAGGACUUGUUGGUCUUCAGGCAGCAGUUAUGGAGCCUCAGAUGUGUAGAGGCAUUGUCCUGUUGAAUAUAUCUUUGCGCAUGCUUCAUAUUAAAAAACAACCAUGGUUUGGAAGACCCUUUAUCAGAUCAUUCCAGAGUUUGCUGAAGAAUACUGCUUUGGGCAAACUUUUUUUCAAAUCAGUUGCCACAUCAGAGUCUGUGAGGAACAUUCUGUGCCAGUGUUAUCAUGACACUGCCCAGGUGACAGAGGAACUCGUUCAGAAGAUCCUUCUUCCAGGGCUUGAGCCUGGCGCUGUGGAUGUAUUUCUUGAUUUCAUUUGUUACUCAGAUGGCCCUCUUCCUGAGGAACUACUGCCUCAGGUGAAGUGCCCCGUGCUGAUAGCAUGGGGUGACAAGGAUCCCUGGGAACCGAUUGAGCUUGGCAGGAACUAUGCAAAUUAUGAUCCUGUUGAGGACUUUGUUAUCCUCCCUAAUGUUGGCCACUGCCCACAGGACGAAGCUCCUCAUCUUGUGAACCCGAUUGUCGCGUCAUUUGUGGCACGUCAUUCUAGAGCCAGAGCUACUGUUUCUACUGUGAGCUGAUCCAUUGGCAGCUUUAUCUCAUUGUUUCUCCUCAACCUGCCUUGGACCCAUGAUUUCAUUUCCAUUAGCCCCCUGUAUUUAGUCAAAUUAAGUUUCUCAUUGAGCAGGUCUUGCUUGUUCAUAUCUGAAUCUCUGCUGUGAGAAAAUGGUUACUUUUGGAUGUAUUUAUUCUCUAAUCAGUUCUAAUGCAAUGAGUGGAUGGCUGUAGUACGGUGAUAA